AAUUUCUAUUUCUUUUGCGACUAAGCAAACCAGUUGUCCCCUAUUUGUUCAAAGUGGCGUCUUCUUUUUAGGCGCCUUUUCUAAAAUCAAAGAUGGCGGGCAUUUAUCAUGUUUUUGUAGUUCGUUGAGGGCUUUGUCGGAUUUGAAGGUUUUAUUGUGUUUGUUUGCUCCAGGCCUGGGUCUCUAACUUGGCGUCUGGGACGCCAAUCUUCUUGCAAAAGCCUGUACAGAUUCAUCAGAGACCAUGGCGAACUGCCUGUACGAGUGUCUGCGUGAGGCCCGACUGGAGCGGUACUACCCAAACUUUGAAUCCCAGGGCCUGACCAUGUCAGAGGGGCUCAGUGAACUCACCAUGCAGGACUACUCAAGGUUUGGAGUGGAGGACAUGCACGACAGGAAGCGAUUGUUCCAGCUCAUCCAGGUCAUCAAGAUGGUGCAGGACGAGGGCAAGCGCUGCAACGAGUCCUGCAGCAAACCCACUCCCCCCAGCAGUCCCGACAAACUGACAUCCUCCACGAGCACUACUCGCGAUCAUACCGACAACGUUACUUCCUCCAGCAGUGCCUACUUCGGUGACGCCUCGGAGAAUCUCAACAACUCCGCCAUUCUGGCGUGGCAGAACUAUCAGUCUGUCCUGCACAGGACCUCGGCGACCAAUCAGAGCAGGUUCUUUGCUGAGCAGAACGAGGCCCUCGGUCUCAACGAGAGUCGGGUCGACAUCGCCGUAAAAAGCAACAGCAUCUCUCCAUCAGAGAACAAGGAAAAUGUGGCCAGUAACGAGAGGGAAUCGGCAACGGACGGGCCCGGUACAGAGGCCAUGCCGUCGUUCACCCCCCCGCGCCCCAGACAGCCGUACACGGAGAAGGUGCAUCACGGCGCGGGUUACGACUACGGCGUGCCGCAGUCUCACGCCAGGAGCCCCCGGCGGACACUGUCGUACGGAGACGACUGUGGCGGAGGCGAUAAGAUCAGGGUGUGCGUGCGGAAGAGGCCAAUGAACAAGCGGGAGAAGAAGGCUGGACAGGCGGACAUAGUCCAGGUUCAGGGGAAGAAGGCUGUGCUGGUUAACGAAGCAAAGGUCGCCGUGGAUCUGACCAAGUACACUCAACAGCAUGAGUUUAUUUUUGACGAGGCCUUUGGUGAGGAAUGCAGCAAUGAGGAGGUGCAUCAAAGGACUGCCAAACCCCUGGUGUCCUGGGCUCUUAAAGGGAACAAGUCGACAUGUUUUGCGUACGGGCAGACGGGAGCAGGGAAGACCCACACGAUGCUGGGAAAACGCGGAGUGAAGGGGCUGUACCUGCUGGCUGCUGAGGACCUGUUCCAACAGCUGAAGGCUGGCGAGUACGGGACAGAAGGGCAGCAGGUCUACGUCAGCUUCUACGAGAUCUACUGUGGACAGCUGUUUGAUCUCUUACAUGGGAGGAAGAGACUGUAUGCCCGUGAGGAUGCCAGCCAUCGUGUGUGUAUCUCAGGACUACUGGAGAUUCCCAUCAGUAAUGUGUCCGAGCUCAUGGAGAUCAUUGCCUAUGGGAACACAGUGAGGAGGAACGGCAGCACCAAGGUGAACCUGGACUCCUCCAGAUCACAUGCUGUACUACAGAUCCAGCUGAAGGACAGUAGGGAGAGGGACAGGGGCAGGAUCUCCUUCAUUGACCUGGCCGGAAGUGAACGUCUCUGUGAAGCCAACUUCCUGGCCAGCAAACAGAACCGGCACGAGGGCGCUGAAAUCAACCAGAGCCUGCUCGCUCUAAAAGAGUGCAUCCGAGCACUGGACCAGGAACAACAGCACACUCCCUUCAGACAGAGCAAGCUGACUCAGGUGUUGAAGGACUCCUUCAUUGGGAACUCUCGCACCUGUAUGAUCGCCAACAUCUCACCUGGCAACGUGGCUGCAGACAACACUCUCAACACACUCAGAUACGCAGACAGGGUCAAAGAACUAAGGAAGGACAGUCCCUCCCAGCGGCAGACUGCAGCAGGCAGCCCCAUGCGGAACAAGACUCCGGGGUCGCCACGGAUACCUGGUUCCCCCGGCAACAAGGUCAGACAGCUGAGGAGGCUGACGGGGUCGGGGUCCAGGGAGAGGCGGGGGACCCCGUGCGUGUUCCACCCGUCAAACGUGCCGCUGUCGUCAACACCAAAGAGCACGGGGAGCCCACGGCAUGCUGGGACGGGGUCAAGGGUCAACAGCCGGGUCAGGGCAGGGUACGGCCUGUACAGCACGACCCCUGUGAAGGGCAGCGUGAAGGUCGACAGCGGGAAGAGGGGAGCAAGAAGGAUCCUAGCAGGUGCCAGGUCUGAGUCGGGAACAUCGCCGGCACAUAGCUCUCUGCUGGACAGACAGGAAGGCUCUAAAGAGGAAGGGAAGGCCGACACACAGGCCGGAAACUUCUCCCCACUGAAACCAGGAGUUCACCUCGUCAGAGACCCGUGGGUUGCUGAGAACAGCACGCCGUGGCAGGUGGUGAGGGAGCCGGCAGUAGUACAGGUGCCGGAGCAGCCGAUAUGGGAGGAGGCUGGUUCAGAUACAGAUGGGCUGGGUGAGGAGGAUGCAGACAGGGAGUACCCAGAGGGAUGCAGCGACAGCAGCCGCGACACCCAGCCCAACUCCACCCAGACCUCCGACCUGGACAACGGACAGGAGAUGGUGUCGCACCUCGACUCCGUUCUCGGCUUGAACCCCACCGCCGCCAGGCCGGGGACCAGCGCUGCGAUCGGACCGCCUGCCUUCAAGAAGACGAAGGUGAUCCAGACGGAGAGCCAAAGGCCCAGCAGACGCUCGUCUUACUUCCCUCCACUGAGAGACAAGGACGUGGAAGAAUGCUCCACAAUCAGCGACAGCAGCGAGCGUGCAGCUAACAAAAAAGGAUCACCACCGAGCAACAAAGUAGCAACAGAAGAUGGCAUCCCGUCACCAGAUACAGCAAAUAGUGUAGCAGGUGACCAAAAUGGUGCUACAAGUGCCUCGCAAAGCACUCCAUCAGCAAAUGUAACGGGACCAAGUGCCGUAACUCCCAAGAUGACCACAGCAAAGGUAACACCAUCAGUGCCUUCACACACCCCAGCGGGUACGAACACGCCUGUGUCGGCAGCUAAGAUGACUCGUCGCAGCAGCAAAUCUCCCACCAAGACUCCCAGCGCUGUCGUCAAGGAGAUCAUGAGCCUUCCUUCCCCCCGGGACUUCUUGGGCUCCUUGAGAGAACCUAAGAACUGGACCAUCUUCAGUGAUGAGGAGGCAACCCCGGCCAAGGCGGGACAAGACGACGGGGAAAGUCUCCGGCGAUCCUUAAGUGCCCCCGAGCUGAACGAGCUUGUACAACAUGAGGAGAAAACAUUAACCCAUGACACAGUGUCCCCUAUUCAAGCAGCAUCUGAUGAUGUUACACUUACAGGGACGACCUACAAUGAUACUCAAGGGCUAAACGAACUGGAACAAAGCAAACCAGUCACUUCACAAGGAGUCCCAGCAAAUACAAUAGACAGCACAUCAUCUACGAGUGCCGUCAGCACAGACCUUCAACCAGUGGCGACAGACUUAAAUACUGCCAUUGCUGCUACCAAAGGGACAGGUGCACUGCAACCGCCUGAAAGUGACGCUGUCACCGUGAACACAUCGGUGUCUUCUGUCCGUCUGGCCGCUGUGUUCAACUCACCGGUCACAAAGGACAUGUUACCACCAACUCAGGUACAGGGGGAUCCACAGGUUACAACUAGCACUGAAGUCAGUCCCGAGGGAGAAGGUGAGGAAAGUCCUGCCAAGAGAAGAGAGGAUCACUUGAAGAAGGCAAGGUCCCUUUUCCUGGCGGCCCACCGGGACCAGCUGAAGGACAUGAGGAAGUGGUGUGAGGAGGAGGAGGCUCUGUCUUCUGUAGCACAGCAGGACUUUGACAGCUAUGUGUGCAGACUAGACUCCAUCCUGUCCAAGAAGCUGGAGGACAUAACUUCCCUCAGGGCUCGACUUCAGAACUACAAACAAGACCGUCCGCUAGCGUAACAUCUAACCCUAUCAAUCAAUCACUCAAUCUUUCGCUGAUAUCAUUUGCUGAUGGCUACAAACAGUUCGCGCCAAGUUGUCCUGUACUGGGCGUAGACAGUCCAGUCAGUUCUGGAGACUGCCAACCCUAUUUAUACGCCAGAUACGGCCACCGUAGUAGUUACUCAUUGACAAGUAACUGGAUAUGAUUUUGGGAACAGUAAGAUAUUUCAGGUGGCAUUCAUUGUCUUUUGUCAGUAACACUGAGCAGAUCUUGAUGAAGACCUUUUUUUAAGUAGUGGAUGCUAACUGAAACAUCUGCCCGUUUGCAAAAUUAUAUCCAGUUGCUUGAGUAACUAGCAAAUCAUUUGGCGUAUUUUGAUACCUGGACAACCCCAUGUAUGUGGAACCAGUGAUGUAUAUACCUUUAUUCUGUCUGUGUCAUUCUAGGUUUUUGUGGAACAGGGUUUGUGUGCAGUAGUUGACUACAUUUGAUUUGAUUUGUUUCAACUUUGGAGGCAUCUCAUCUCUUCUCAUGGCAUAGCAAAAUGAGGCAUUUUGUUUUAUACCGUAACUCAACGCAAAAAA